AUGUUCGCGCAGCAGCAAAGUGUCCUCGCCAGGACCAAUGCUGCAGCGCACUCUGCACAGCGCGUGGCCCCCGUCUCUAGGCCAUGCCGUCGGCCGCGAGCUGUCACCGUGCUCGGGGCGGCCCUCACUGACGCGCCUCAGGAGGUGCAGAAGUUUGAGCGCCCUGAUAGCACCGGACGCUUCGGCCGUUUUGGAGGUGAUGAGGGCAUCAAGCUGCGCAAGUACGUGCCUGAGACGCUCAUUCCGGCGCUGGCGGAGCUUGAGGUGGCAUACAAGCAGGCCAUGGAUGACCCGGACUUCCACGCCGAGCUGAACGCCAUCCUGAAGGACUACGUGGGCCGCGAGACGCCGCUCUACUACGCAGAGCGUCUGGAGGACGGCAGCAUGCCCGAGAUCUACCUGAAGCGCGAGGACCUGAACCACACAGGCGCGCACAAGAUCAACAACGCGCUCGGCCAGGCGCUGCUGUGCAAGCGCAUGGGCAAGACACGCAUCAUCGCCGAGACGGGCGCGGGGCAGCACGGGGUCGCCACGGCCACCGUGUGCGCGCGCCUCGGGCUCAGCUGCAUCGUCUACAUGGGCGCCAAGGACAUGGAGCGCCAGGCGCUCAACGUGUUCCGCAUGCGCCUGAUGGGCGCGGAGGUGCGGCCCGUGUACAUGGGCACGGCCACGCUCAAGGACGCCACCAGCGAGGCCAUCCGCGACUGGGUGACCAACGUGGAGUCGACCCACUACAUCCUCGGCAGCGCCGCGGGCCCCCACCCCUACCCCAUGCUCGUCCGCGACUUCCAGUCCGUCAUCGGCCGCGAGACGCGCGCCCAGUGCCAGGCCAAGUGGGGCGGCAAGCCCGACAUCGUCCUGGCCUGCGUCGGCGGCGGCUCCAACGCGAUGGGCAUCUUCAACGAGUUCGUCGAUGACGAGGACGUGCGGCUGAUCGGCGUGGAGGCGGGCGGCGAGGGCGUGGAGACGGAGAAGCACGCGGCGACGCUGACCAAGGGCACGCCGGGCGUGCUGCACGGCAGCUUCUCGUUCCUGCUGCAGGACGCGGACGGGCAGGUCAUCGACCCCCACUCCAUCAGCGCGGGCCUGGACUACCCCGGCAUCGGCCCUGAGCACGCCUUCCUGAAGGAUGUGGGCCGCGCGGAGUACUUUGCCGUGACGGACGCGGAGGCUCUCGAGGCCUUCCAGCGGCUCAGCCAGGUGCGGGGGCCUUGA